UAGGUGGUGGUUUAGGGCUUGCGGGGGAAAGGAAAGGCUGAAACAGGAACUUUUAUUGAUUCGCUGCUGGGGAGGAAAUAAUUUGGGAUCCGUUCCGUGUUCCUGUAAGGAACUUUGCAGAUGCCUGGGUUUUGUCCUGCCUUCUCCACAGACAGGACCCUUGCAGGUGUACUGCUGCAGGACACGAUGCAGAUACCCUAUGGAAUUGCAAUUCUGCUGCAACAGCGACUGCAAGGACCAGCUGCUCCAUACAGGAUCAGAGCCAGGGCACAAGGAGCAGAAAAAUCUGUCACUAGAGAAGGGGGUACCAGUGCAGCUCAUUAUAUUGCAUGGGCAGUGCAGACUACUGGAGAACUAAAUCCACACUACAGAUGUGAAAACAACAGCCCCAAAAGAUGCACCACUGAAGAAAAACUUUGGUUUGGUGAGAAUGAAGGAGACAAGGUUUCGGAUGUGAGAUUUAACCCCAUAUAUCCUGAUGCUUAUACAGAAAAUAUGACAACGUAUCAGAAUGGCUGUGGAAACGGCACCUCUGUUACCUGUAUAGUGAUGGAUAAUAAGGAAUCGAAGCACUGCAAUACCUCCUUAGGUCAGAGCGGUGACACAAGCCACAGCUAUGAAAAUGAAGGCCAGGAUGAUAAAGUCAGCCCAUCCAAACUCAUGCACUUUUUCUCCACUCCUCGGAAAAGAUCUGGCUCCAAUGUGGAAAGGCCUCGUUCUCUGAUAGUCAUGGGGAACCCCUCAACAUGGAAUGCUCUGUCUUCCAUUAGGAAAAUAGGAUCUUUCAAGAAGUUAAAAUCCUCAGUUCUCCAAGGAAUGCCAGCCAAGGAAGACUCUGACACCUUAAAUGAUAGCGUGUUGGAGAAUAAUAUCAGAAAGCGUGUCCCAAACAAUACGUUGGUGAGAGUUCAAACAAACAGGUAUUCUUACUCAGGGCCACUACAUGACUUGCCGAGCACAACAGAUAAUGCUUUUGUUUCUGAUCAUUCUGACGGGGAGGAAGGCGAUGAUUCCUUCCUGAGGAACACUCGCAGGUCACGCAGCAUCAGGCGUGCCUAUGGGAUUGGACGUAUAAAUUUAUUAGACACUGAUAAAAUUCAGGGCCAUCAGGACACGACCAGGACAGUAUCCCCUGUCAUACAGGAGGCCCAGAUUUGCGAAAUAGUAGUGAAAGAUUCUGAAAGCAGCAAAGUCAUCUACCGGAGGAGCAAAAGCACAGAUAACCUGAACUUCCUGAAAAAGAGCUCAUUCAAAAGGAAGUCGACCUCAAACCUCACCGACCUCAAAGUAGUGAACGAAAAGCAAACUCCACAGAGAACAACAAGUAUUUCUUCAGCGGACUCUGACAAAGCCAGCAGGAACUCGGAGCGCCAGUCGAAACGUUGGAAGAGCCCAAUCAGGGCGAAGGAUUUCGACAGAGUUUUGAAACUUGUCAGCAACGUUGCUGAUGUUGCGUUGAAGAAAGACAGUCCCAAGAACGAAAUCCCAUCCUCUAAUGAGCCGAACCAGAGGACUAGAUCAAACAGUCGGCUGCAUGAUGAUUACUCACGUAGGGUUUCCAUCAACACUGAGAAAGACAGGCGGAGGUGUGCACCUCCCAGGAGCAGCCCAGACCCUACUGUUUCCACAUCGAGUGUCCAGAGUUCUGAGGAUGACAAUGCUGCGGCUAAUACAUUAACCCUCGAAGGCAGCGGCCUCAGGAUGUCGUCCAGUGACCUUCCAGAUUCGGUUUCUUCGCCACCUCCGCUUCAGGAUGUUGGGACAAUCUCGAAUGAAGUGUUUUAUGAAGACUCUGAUGAGCCAAGAAGUUCUCGUGAGUUUACAUGCAGCAGCACUGAGCAUCCUGCCACCCCUGCCAGACCCGUCAUCCCCAAGCCUCAGAGCCCUUGUGCCGAAAACCUCAAGUGCAAUAUCGAUUUCCGUUGUCCUGACAGGCACAGCACCUUGUCACUCAGCUCCGUGGAAAGCGAGGGAAGAGGGGAUGGGCCUUCUGCCAAGCUAGGGAAGAGCCCUGUUUGCUUCCAGGAUUCAGUACAAGCUGUGUUCUUUGAUGACACAAAUGAAGACAGUGGCAUCAGCAGCCACUCUCAGCUGAGUCUCAAUUUAGCUGCGAAUGUUGAUGAAAAGAAGGAGGAGGUUGUUACUGAUGAUCACUGGAAGAAGGCCCCAUACCAGGAUGAAGAAAGAACAGACACUCAAAGGGUCACACCCAGAAGAUGGGGCUCUGGAAAAAGAUCCCGUCCUCGGCCCCUCUCAGAUUACGGCCAGUUGGCAAUUAGGAGUUUCUCAAUACCAGAAGAUUCCGUUGCUAUGGAGUCUCAGAAAAUGGAUUGUGUGGAUGCUGACAUUGAGCCUGGAUCUCCUUCUGCUGAGCCGGGAACCUGUAUGGUAUCCAGUCAAAGAGCACGCAAAAGAAGACCCAUCUCUGUCAUUGGUGGGGCCAAUUUCUAUGAGAACCAAACAGAAGAAAUAACAGACCUCCUUACACAACCAGUUGCACGCCCUCCGGUACCAGCACAUCAGGUUCCUCCUUAUAAAGCUGUCUCAGCCAGAUUCCGCCCCUUUACCUUUUCUCAAAGUACACCCAUCGGUCUGGAUAGAGUUGGAUGUAAGCGGCAAAUGAGAGCAUCCAAUGGUGCUACUGAUGGAGGUACUGAAUCUUCUGCCUUAGUGGAUGAUAAUGGUAGUGAGGAGGAUUACAGCUAUGAGGACCUCUGCCAAGCCAGCCCUAGGUACUUGCAGCCCGGAGGGGAGCAGCUAGCCAUUAACGAGCUGAUAAGUGAUGGGAGCAUGGUCUAUGCAGAGGCACUCUGGGAUCACGUGACCAUGGAUGACCAGGAAUUGGCCUUCAAAGCCGGGGACGUUAUCCAAGUCCUUGAGGCUUCCAACAAGGAUUGGUGGUGGGGCAGAAAUGAGGAGAAGGAAGCCUGGUUUCCGGCAAGCUUCGUCAGGCUGCGGGUCAACCAGGAAGAACUUGCAGAAAACGGUGGCAGCCUCCAAGACGAAGAACCCAAUGCAGACCCUGUGAAGCACCGCCAAAAAAUUGCUGAAAACAAAGAUCAGAUGAGAACAAACGUGAUUCAGGAAAUAAUGAACACGGAGCGGAUCUAUAUCAAACAUCUCAAGGACAUCUGUGAAGGGUACAUUCGGCAGUGUCGGAAACAUACAGGAAUGUUUACUGGGGCCCAGCUGAGCACCAUAUUUGGAAAUAUUGAAGACAUUUACAAAUUCCAAAGAAAGUUCUUGAAGGAUCUAGAGAAGCAAUACAACAAAGAAGAGCCCCAUUUGAGUGAAAUAGGAUCCUGCUUUCUUCAGCACCAAGAAGGCUUUGCUAUCUACUCUGAGUACUGCAACAAUCAUCCCAGUGCCUGCAUUGAGAUGUCUAACCUGAUGAAGCAGGGCAAGUACCGCCACUUCUUUGAGGCUUGUCGCCUGCUUCAGCAAAUGAUUGACAUCGCCAUUGAUGGUUUCCUUCUCACACCUGUUCAGAAAAUCUGUAAAUAUCCCCUGCAGCUUGCAGAAUUACUCAAGUACACCACUCAGGAACAUAGUGACUAUAACGAUAUAAAGGCAGCAUAUGAAGCCAUGAAGAAUGUAGCCUGCCUGAUCAAUGAACGCAAGCGAAGGCUAGAAAGCAUAGACAAGAUGGCCCGCUGGCAAGUGUCCAUUGUCAACUGGGAGGGGCAAGACAUUUUAGGCAGAAGCUCAGAACUAAUCCACUCAGGAGAGCUGACCAAAAUCUCCAAGCAAGGCAAGAGCCAGCAAAGGACUUUCUUUCUCUUUGACCACCAGCUUGUGUUCUGUAAGAAAGAUCUCUUGAGAAGGGACAUGCUGUACUACAAGGGCCGGGUGGACAUGGAUGAGUUUGAAGUGCUGGACAUUGAGGACGGCAGAGAAAAGGACUUCAAUAUUAAUGUCAAAAAUGCUUUCAAAAUUGUAAAUAGUGCCACAGAAGAAGCCCAUCUAUUUUGUGGGAAAAAGCCGGGGGACAAGAAGAGGUGGCUGGAGGCCUUUGCAAAUGAGAGGAAGCGAGUGCAAGAAGACAAAGAAAUGGGAAUGGAGAUCUCAGAAAACCAAAAGAAACAAGCCAUGCAAAAUGCACGGAAGUCAAGACACGGAAAGAUGAAAGGUGUUGGAUACAGUGGGUGCCCGAUGCCCCCCCCUCACCAGAGUUUACAUCCUAUCCACCAGCGUCACAUCACCGUGCCCACUAGCAUCCCACAACAGCAGGUCUUUGCCCUGGCAGAACCGAAACGGAAGCCCUCUAUUUUUUGGCACACUUUUAACAAGCUGACCCCAUUCAAGAAAUGAGUGGCUGGAAGAUCCCUGGACUAUAGAAGGGUACAAGGUGAAGGAGGAGCCACUUGCCGUCAAAAGACUUGGUUGGUCCAGCCGGAAAACUCUGAAUUCUGGAGGGAAGGAGUCCUGAUCUUCCUCUGCUUCAGUGAGAAGGACUUGCCGGCGUUUUAGUGGAGAAGGCUGUGGCUUGAUCUGAAGCAAAUGUUGACCUGUGUCAAUAAACAUUGCUGAAUGAGAAACCCACCACUUGGUCGCAAGGGCAGAAUUGCUGCUACUCUUGAACGGUGGUGCAGGGUUGUUGUACUUGCACCAAACAAAUUGUUUAAAUAUCUUAGGUCAUUUUGCCUGUCUUAAUAAUAAAUUCAUGGCCAAAUUUAGAAAUAGGAAGGAUAGUAUCCAACCACCUCCCACUGGCACAGCAUGUUGGCAGAAAAAAAGAGGUACCAUCUUCUCUGUGAGCACCAAGCAGGCGUAUGGAUCUCUGGGAUCAGGUUAGCUGCCACCGCAAGAACUGCUGAGCCUCCGUCCUUCCUAUUUGUCUUAGUCCACUGUCCUUAUUUCUUGUUAAUUUAACCAAGUAGGAGUAGGACUUCCUGCAAGGCCUUAGCAUCUUCCUGGCAAAAAUGGGAGAAAAUGUUCACUUGGUGACAUAAAUAGAUAAACAUGCAUUUUUACGUGCUAUUGCAAAUGACAAAGGAAGCGCCCAAUGCAUCUUGGGUGGAUCCUUAUGAAAAGUGGUACUUUGCUGCAUGCAUUGAAUGCACUUCAA